AUGAACUACAAACAACUAUUAGGCCGGUCAGGAACACAACGCAAACUACGAAACGAUACAUUACACCAAUAUAUCGUCAAGACUUUGACGGGUGGAAAUCUUCGAUUGUGUGUGCAGUUGCCACAGGGAACAAAGGAAGAAGAAUGGCUUGCUGUUAAUGUAAAUGUGGAUUUGUGA